AUGCAGUCCUACGCACAGUAUCGCCGCUUGGGAAAUGCCGUCCGAAACCAGCUGGCGGAUUUGCCACCCCAGCAGCACCGCGAUAAGCGGCACAAUGGCCUGUCCUACGUGAACGAUAAAGAGACUGGAACCGUAAAUGAAAACCGGAAUGAAAACGAACCGUCGUCGCCAACGAGCCAGUCCGAAACCAGCACCGUAGCUGAAAAUGCCGAUGCAGACUCCGACCAGAUCGAGUACGAGGAUUUACAUCCUUCGCACGACGCUCUCGCAAAGAAUCACACUCGCAAUUCAGAGAAAACUACAAUCGCAUAUGGGCUUCCGGGUAUCGAAGUUCGCUCGCAUGUCGAUCACGCGUCCAAUCGGCCAAGCCGCGUCUUUGUCGUCGGCUGGGAUGGUAUCAAUGAUCCCCAGCAUCCACGGAACUACAGUCUAGCUCGCCGCGUAACCGCCACUCUGAUUGUGUCUGCCCUGGGUUUCAUUGUCGGCGCAGCAUCCUCAAUCAAUUCUGGAGUACUAUCGCAGACGGACGCCGCGUUUGGCGUCGGCGACGUCGUAGGCUCGCUGAUAGAUGGCCUCUACCUUUUAGGCUUCGCCUUCGGCUCCCUCUUCAGCGGUCCGCUCUCCGAGAUUCUGGGCCGCAACCUCGUUUACACAGGCUCGUUAACCCUCUUCAUGAUAUUCAUCAUGGGCUCCGCACUCGCGCCUAAUAUUGGCGCCCUGCUCGCCUUCCGCUUCUUGGCCGGUGUCUUUGGUUGUCCGCCGCUAACCUGUGCUGGCGGCACGAUCGCCGAUCUAUGGAAUCCGCUUGAGAAGACGGUUUUCUUCCCCAUGUACGCUAUUAUUUCGUUCGGCGGCCCGGUUCUGGGUCCCGUGUUGGCGAACUAUGUGGGACAGACGAGCGAGCUUUCGUGGCGCUGGAGCGGGUGGAUUAUUCUUAUCGGAUCAGGUGUCGUCAUGGUUUGCAUCAUCCUGUUUCAGCCGGAGACGUACGCCCCGCUGCUGCUGCACUGGAAGGGAAAGCAGCUGCGCAAGAUCACGGGUGAUCGGCGGUUCCGGUCUGAGAUGGAUCUGGAAAAGGUGGCGCUGUUUAGUCGCAUUGGCGGGGCGAUGAAGAGGCAGUUCCUCAUCACGAUCCAUGAGCCUAUUAUCCUGCUUAUCUCGCUUUAUAUGACCGUGCUGUACAUUGUGCUUUUCACCUUCUUCGAUGGCUAUACAUAUAUCUUUAUGGAUACGUAUGGGGUCUCGGAGGGGUUGACGAAUGUGAUCUGGGCGGCAAUGUAUGUUGGUAUUGCCCUCUGUGUUCUUCUCGUGCCGAUCGUAUAUAUACAGACGAAGAAGGAUUUUACAGCUGCGGCACGCGCGGUGAAUGGGUCUGAUCCUUGCGUUGAUCCGCAUGCUCUGGAUGGUGUGCAUACGGAGCCGGAAAUCAGACUUUGGUUUGCUAUGUUUGGUGCGCCGUUCAUUCCUAUCUCGUUGUUCUGGAUGGGGUGGACCGAUUUCUCUUCUGUGUCGAUUUGGUCGCCUAUCUUGGCGUCAACUUGUUUCGGUCUGGGGACAAUUUGCGUGUUCAUCAGUUCGUACAUGUACGUGAUUGACUCGUACGAUAUCUAUGCGGCAUCGGCGCUGGGAUUCAUGACUGUUUCACGGUAUUGUGCUGCUGGUGGAAUGACGGUGGUUGGAAUGCCAUUUUAUAAGAAUAUGGGCGUGCAUUGGACUUUGACGAUUUUGGGGUGCAUUAGCGCCAUUAUGGUGCCUGUCCCUUAUAUUUUCUACAAGUUUGGACCGGUGAUUCGCCGGUGGAGCAAGUAUGCUGUUACCAAUGAGGUUGAGGUGAAGGUUUGA